AUGCCGGCUUGUGCGUCCGAGUACCGCCUCAUGCGGUCAGCAGAAGUUGUUUAUACUCCUGGAGCAAAAAGAUGUACCCACCAACCAACUAUAACGACGUUACGACGUACAUUUUCGUCAACCUUCUCUCUCAUACCUGAAGAACGUGAAGUCCCUGAGGAUCCACCUUCUCUACCUCGGAUCGUAGAAAUUAUUAUGUGGUUUCCGAAACUACUUCUUCAGCCAGCAAUUAUUUUUUUCAAAAUCUUGUGCCACCCGGCUUGGCGACAAAUACUGGUCGUUCUACCAACCCUGUGGAUUGCAGCAUCGUUAUUUAUCUUUUGGAAGUGCGUUCAGUGCCCUAUCAUUAUUCUGAAUAUGAUCAUUAAUGCUAUAUCUAGUAAAGGCGAGAUAAAACGUACCGUAUUAAUCAGUGGAGGUAGUUCUAUCCAAGCGUUACAUUUGGCAAGAAAUUUUCAUUCUAUUGGUGCCAAAGUGAUAGCUUUCGAGAUAGAAGGUCAAUUCGCUUUGCUGAAGUAUUCUGCAGCAGUCACCAAAUUCUAUACUGUACCUCGGCCAAACCCGGCGGAUCCUCUUGCAUACGCACGUGCUUUGAAAGAAAUUGUUGAAAGAGAGUCUGUUGUAUUCUAUAUACCGGUGAGCUCGUCGACGCCCGCGUACUACGAUGCUUUGGCGAAGCCUCAUUUAGAAGUGUUGGGUUGUCAAUGUUUUGUGCCGUGUGCUCGUGAUGUUAUCACCUUAGAUGAUCCUAUGGAACUAAUACGUACUUGUCGUGUGGCCGGUCUCCCUACACCACAACAUUGGUUUGUUACUAGUGAAGCGGAUGUCCGAGCCUGGUAUGACAGUGGAGUAGCGAAGGAAGGCCGCUACUUCAUCGCGAGUUCAGGUCCGCGAGGUGCGAGGGAUCGCAUGAGGUUUGUUAUGCCCGAUGAUAAAGAAAAAUUCAGGUUUCCGCGAGAAAUUAGUUCUGAAAAACCAUGGGUUAUUGUAAAAGAACCGAAAGGUGAGAGGAUCAUAACUUGUACAACUCUAAAAGAAUCUCGUGCAGUUAAUAAUGUUAAUUGUCGCGUAGAUACUACCAAGAAAGGUCUUGUGCCACAAAUAGACGAAGAGUCCGAUGCUUGGGUGCAAAUGUUUGUAACUGCUCUCAAACCAACGAAGCCUAUGACAGGUCACGUAUCGUUCAGACUUGUACGUGAAGAGCACAUAAAAAACGGAAAUAAGACUAGGAUGGUAGCGAUAGGAGCCCGUGUUGGAGUAUCCCUGCCAUAUUUAUGUCAAGGAUCAAAGAGGUGUAUUCAUUCAGUUGGCAUGAGGAGGCUUUUGAAUUCCGUACUUGACACACGUGGAGCGCUUUUUGCCUAUUGGGACCCGUUACCUUACUGCGCAUACUACCAGGCCCGAUUUCCCGAAGACCGGCAGCUGCCACCACCGGAGCCCUGCAAAACUCCACCGAACGUACCUCUC